CAACAACGUCUGAUGGAUUUCAGUCAGGUUCUGGAUAAGUGCGGAAACUAUGGGAGGUUCCAAGUGAUGAUCCUUUUGCUGUACGGCUACACAAAUAUCCUGGGAUCACUGCACUACUUCUCGCAGACCCUCAUCACCUUCACACCAGAGCAUUGGUGCUCCCAUGCUGACCUUAAGGGUCUCAGUGUGGAGGAUAUUCGCUCAGUAUAUCAAAACAUAUCCGCCUCAUCCUGCACGCCCCUUUUGGGCGUAGUCAACGGCAUAGGCGUAGUAGCAACGGACCGAACGUGCAGGAGCUGGAUUUUCAACAGGGAGAACGGCUACGAAAGCAUCACCACCGAGCUCAAAUGGGUCUGUGACAAAUCCCCCCAUUCAGCAGUGGGCCAAUCCUUCUUCUUCAUGGGUUCAGUGGUGGGCACCGUAAUCUUUGGCUAUCUGUCGGAUCAGAUAGGGCGUCUGCCUGCUCUGUUGAUGGCCACCUUGUGCGGUGGCACUGGGGACUUUAUUACCUCCUUUGUGCACACUCUGCCAUGGUUCGCCUUCUCCAGAUUCAUGUCGGGACUAUCCACGGAUACCAUGUACUACCUAAUGUACAUAUUGGUCUUUGAGUACUUAAGCCCUAAGAGUCGUACCUUUGGCCUCAACAUCAUCUUGGCUGUAUUCUACUGCUUUGGACUGAUGACCUCGCCCUGGGCCGCCAUUUGGAUUGGUAAUUGGCGUCACUACCUCUGGUUGGCAUCUCUUCCAGCAUUGGGUGUCCUUAUAUAUCCGUUCCUGAUCUGCGAGAGUGCCCAGUGGCUUUUGACCAAAAAGAAGUACGACAAGGCGGUGAUCUGCCUGAAGAAAGUGGCCAAGUUCAAUGGGCGACAGGUGGAGGAGACCGUUUUCGAUGAGUUUGUCAAAUUCUAUCGGGAAAGGGAACUCCAGGAUUGCAAGCUUAAUAGUCAGGAGGACACUUUUUUAGCCAUGUUUAUGACCCCUCGGUUGCGUCGAUUCACUUUGACAUUGCUCGUGAAGUCAGUCAUUAUAACCCUCUCAUGUGAUGUGAUUAAUCGGAAUAUGGAGGGCCUAGGCACUUCGCCCUUUAAGCUCUUCUCCUUCACAUCGAUUGUGUACCUCCCAGCAGGAGUGGCGAUCCUCUUGUUGCAGAACAAGAUCGGACGCAAGGGCAUGGCCUGCACCGCCCUUUUUAUGGGUGGGCUUAUUACCACGACGACGGGUUUUCUGAUAGCCCACUUGGAUCCCAAGGAGAACGCUCUGCUGCUGGCUAUCAUGGUGGGCCUGGGACGAUUUGGAGCCACCGUUUCCUACGACGCGGAGAUCCAGUACGCAGCGGAGAUCAUUCCGACCAGUGUGCGUGGACAGGCGGUGUCCAACAUCCAUGUGGUGGGAUUGGCCUCCAGCUCGCUGGCCUUCUAUGUGAUCUACCUGGCCCAGUACUACAAGCCGCUCCCCUCGAUCUUCAUUAGCUGCCUGAUGUUUUUUGGAGCUGGACUUUGUCUCACUUUACCGGAGACGUUGAACAAGAAGCUGCCCGAAACCUUGGCGGAUGGAGAAAAGUUUGCGUUAAACGAGAGUUUCCUCUACUUUCCUUGUUUUUCAAGAAAAGAAAAAAAUGUAAGGAUUAAUAGUGCUUAACAAAUAAUUGAAGACAAAUUAAAGUGAACCUCUAGCUGAGAACACUGAAACUUAGUUUGUCAUUGUCAUCCGAUUUAAAAUAUCCAUCACGAAGACUGAUUAAAUUAAUAUAUUUAAAAGUUGUAAGUUCGUCGAUUAGUUUUGUUUGGAUUUUGUAUAGAUAUCAUAUACAAAAUGCCCAUCUGCUAAGUAUUUAAAUUGCUGUGACUUUCUGACGUCACGAAUUUAAUCGUAGCUAUAAUACCUGUAAAUAAACAGCAUUGCAUGUUUGCAAUCACCGACCCCAAAAAUCUAUACUUAUCUCCUCAUCAGAGCAUUCAGCAA